UCCGGUUAGCUUACCGUAUUUCUGCUUGUUUCGUGCGUCGCGAACUUUCUACAAGUUAGAAGUUUUCACUCGCUUAGAAAGACUAGCGUAUUUGUCGUUGAAUCUUCAUCGAAUAAAACACGAUUCUUGUUUUCUGUCGUCGAGCUUGUGAUACUCCUUCGAGUGAGAAUAAUCCGAGGAGUAAAGCAGAGAAGAAUUUAACUUGAUCUGGUUCAGGCAUAUCAUAUCUCCGAUGUCUCUUUUUGGUUCACUGAUGGGUGAUUUUGAAGAUGAUCCUGUGAUUGGAAGUCACAUGCGAUCCAUGAGAUACAUGAUGAACAACAUGACGAACUCGCUAUUCAGUGACCCUUUUGGCAUGAUGGGUGGACCACCAGCACUUACUGCUCCAAAUCAUCGAGGCAACCCUCGUCACAAUGAAAUGCAGAUGAUACCCUUUGGUUUCCCUCCUAUGCCUGCUUUUAACAUGAACAGGGUCUUUACAGACUUUGGAAAUAUGGCCCCAAACAAUGGAAAUUGUCACUCUUUCAUGAGUCGUUCUGUCAUGACCAUGACCAGUGGUCCUGACGGUAGGCCACAAGUUUACCAGGCAUCAUCAUCAACCAGAACAGCACCUGGUGGUGUGAAGGAAACUAAAAAAACCGUUUGUGACUCUCGCACCGGCACUAAAAAAAUGGCAAUUGGACACCAUAUCGGUGAAAGGGCUCAUAUCUAUGAACGAGAACACAACCUUCAUAGUGGCGAACAAGAGGAACGUCAAGAAUUCAUUAAUCUCGAGGAAGAAGAAGCUGACGAGUUUAACAAUGAAUGGGAAACACGCACAAGGCACGCAGUUGGUGCUGUGGAUUAUGAUACGCGUGGAACACCUGGCCAUACUUCUUCUCGACACAGGACCCGUCCUGAGCACAGCCCCCUGGCACUUCCGGCACCAGCAGCAAGCAGACUAUCUAGUCGCUCGAGGUGGGCACCUUCUCCGAGGCGAGGUUUGAGAACCUCGAGUAAUCCAAAGUCCAGCAGUUUGUUGUCAACAUCACGCACUGAUACGUCAGAAACUACAACAAAUGCUACUGUUACACAACCUCCGGCAAAUUUACCUGCUGGUUCAGGAAGUCGCAAGCGCGAUCGUAGCCCAGAGAUUGAAAGCAGUAACAAACGACACUCCAAACCUGAUUCCGAUGUUUGAAGAAUCUGCUCCAUAGGGUUCAUGUCAUAGCUCAUUUUAUUUCUGUAGCAAGAUCUCGGUAUGUUUCACUAUUUAUUUCAAUCUUUUGCAAUCGUGCAAUAAAAUAUUGGUAUUACUUUCAUCUUACUAACAACUUUCAAAUUGAAUUACCGGCUAACCAGGAACCGAGCACAAGUUUGGUUUAUUGUACAGCAUGUUGUACUAAUAAAUUAACCAGAUUUACAUACGUAGAUUACAUUUAUACUGAUUUCACUUAGUGUCGAAAGAAAAGAAAGUUUUACCAGGCACAGUAUUAAAUUCUAAUUAUGUAUUACCGAGAUUUUGCUGUAUUAUAUCGUAAGCUGUACGAUACUGUCCCACGCAUUUCAAUAAUCUCGAUGUUAUAAUUAAAAUAAUUCUAAAUCGAAGGCUUAAGAGCUGUUAGUAUUUAUAUUGGUCGAGAACAUUAGCUUAACAGUGUUGUUGCGUUUUCACUCACCGAGCCCUAUUUUCUUUUGGGACACGACUCCAAUCAGGCUUAUAGGUCAGAGAUUGUGAAAAUGAAUCUUCAUAAAGUACAAUAUAGUUUUUUAAUUCGCUAUGUGAGUUUCUGAAUGUUGUUCUUCAGUUGUUUGAACACGAUGCGAUUCAAGCACAAUAAUCGCCUCUGGGGUUUAAGAGUAGCUAUUAGUUCUACAACUUAUAAGGAAAUCAAACGAAUAUAUUUAUAUUUAUAUUUUUUUUCGGUUAAACUGAAUAGCUAUUGCUAAUUUGGAUGCAAAACUUUACGCUGCGAGUAGUUCCAUACUUUCUGACGUGAUCUUUGCAUAUUUUUUUUCUUAUCUAAAAUAGAUAGAAAUUGAUCGGUCACCUGUUUUUUUCUAAAUACUGAUGCAUGAGAUGGAAUGACAUUUAUUCACGAACAAAGCAUGUGUAGCAGAGCUCGGCUUAUCUGUAAAGGGACUGUAGUUUAAAGAUUAGAGAUUCUACUGCAUAAUUGAGAUAUAUCGUAGGUUGUAAUAUAAUUAUAAUUAAUCACGUAGAUACUUGUAGAUCGAUUGGAAGGGACAAAAAAAUAAGGAUAUAUUUUGGGACAGGAUCUUUCGUUAUGCUGAAAUAAUCACACAUUUCACUUGUUAAAGUGCUUACUUUCUUGAUUUAUUCGAACUGAACCAAGCAGAGAAAUCUGUCAUUACAUAAUUUAGCAUAGUUACUGACAAAGCAAAAUUGUAAAGUGUGGUAUAAAAUAAAUAUAAUAUCGUACCCCAUA